AUGGGAGGUGAAAAAAAUAUUAAAGUUGAAAAUUCGCAAGAUGAUUUUCAAUCAUCAAAGAGCCUAAAUAACAAAACUAUUGAUUGGAAUGGACUGGAAUGGUUUAAAAAUUCUCAUACUUUUUGGUUUAAUGAUUUUUUAAAAUGGAUAUUGUUGAUCUUAUACGAACCAAAAGAUAGUCAAGAACAAGUUCAUAUUGAAAAAGGGUUAAAAGUUCUGAAAAGUGAGGUCGACGAAUUAUUAUUAUGUAAUGUUGGAAAUUGGUCGGAUAUUCAUAAAAUAAUUUCAGAAUUAUUUGAAAAGUGUAAUAAUUGGAUACUAUCUCACGAUGAACCUUUAAGAAAUUCGAUUAUAAGUGAGAUUGUCAAAAGACUCCGAUUGGAGCAACCUCUUGUCAAAACAUUGGUUGAUUAUUUAAUUCAACUUCAAGUUCCUCAACGUUCAGUAUUAAGGUUUAUGGUUCAUCAAAAUAUACAAGCUCGAGUUGCUUUUGCUAGAACUACUUUAAAACCUCAUCUGGAUACAUACGCAUCAAUGAGUUAUCAUUGUACAAACAAUCCUUAUUUUAAAAAAAUUCAAGUUGAAAAAGAAGAAAUCGGUAAAAAAUAUAAUGAAUUGACAAACACGAAUGAAAAAUUAAAGUUAGACGAUGCUCAUACAAGAUCUUUAUUACAAGAAUUGGGCGAAGAAAGCGAACAACUUAAGAAUCAAUUAAGAGAACAAAAUAACCAACUAAAAAAAUAUAAAGAAAUAGUCAAUAAAUUAAAAGAACAAAAUCCUCAACUUUCCGAAGAAAUGAAUCAAUUAAGAGAACAAAAUAACCAACUAAAAAAAUAUAAAGAAAAAGUCAAUAAAUUAAAAGAACAAAAUUCUCAACUUUCCGAAGAAAUGAAUCAAUUAAGAGAUGAUUUUAACAGUGAAAUUCAACAAUCAUUUGAAAAACAAGAAUCGUUUAAACAUGAAACCGAAAAGGCCAAAAAAGAGGUGUUAUUUUUACAGUCAGCACUUGGAGACGUGACAAAUAUUCGCAUUAGCGAUAAAUCUUUAAAUGGACCUCUUCAAAUAAUAAAAGAUAUUGACAAAUUUAAACAGCUGUUAGAAGAUUUUUCUAAAACUAAAGGAUCAUCGGUAGAAAUAAAUGAAUCUGGGGCAAGAGAUUUACUUUUAUCUUAUCAUAUUAAAAUUGAUAACAUGGAAUCCAGGGAAUUGAAAAGGAUUUUAACAUCAGUUUUAGAGCGUUUAAUAUGUCUUGAAGUUUUUUCCGCGGCAGCAGAAAUCAGUAAAGUCAAUGUCGAGGAUGAGGAAUCGUCUACUGAUUAUCAUCUAGAAUCAUCGAUUAUUUACCAUACUAACGCUUUAAUCAGACACACCACUAAUUUAUCCCAAAAACGAGACGGAAAUGAUUAUGUUGCCAAAACAACACCUAUUAAAAUUCGACAACAGGUCUACGAAGCACUCUCUCUACGUGCCUUCAAUUUAGCUGAUGUCGAGCAUCCUUAUAUCACUGAAACCGUGAAUAAACUUGUUAAAGAAGUAAAUAAAUAUCGUAAAAUUUUGGACGAGGAAAGAAAGAAUAAUGUUAGAAAAUCUGCUGAAGAAUUGGUACGUUUUGGCUUUAAAUUGUGGUUUGGAUUACAAGCUCAAGAGCCUACUCCAAAAGUUAAAUUCAACAGGCCAGGAGGUUCAAUUAAGCCCCAUUUAAUGCAAGGUGCCUGGGACAAAGAAGAAAUACAAAAUUAUGAAGUAGAACUUUGUUAUUUUCCUUCUAUAGUUUCAAAAAUAGGCGACCAAUUACAAAUUUAUAACAAGUCUGAAGUAUUAAUUAGACCCAAGUCCAAGUCGAACAAAACAUUCAACAAGCUUAAAAAUAUUAUCUUUCGUUAA